AUGUCCUUUGGUUUCGGAAUAGGCGACUUUAUCGCUGUGGGGGAGCUUUGCUGGAAGCUCUACUCGCAAGUCUACAAGGUCUCUAGAGAUGCGCCCGAAGAACUUCGUGGCCUAAAUCAAGAGCUAGGAAACCUGCACAACACCAUCCAGCUGCUAGUCGAGGAACUCAAGGACGAAGACUCAGUGCUGAAACGCUCCGGAGAUGUUCGAAUUAACCUUGUUAAUCGCGUCAUGUUGCAAUCAGAAGAAACGCUCAAAAAGAUGCAGCAGCUGUCCAAGCGUUAUGCGGAGCUCCAAACGCCAGCUAAGGGGCAAGGAAAACGACUCAAUCCGCGCAUUUAUUGGGAUCGAUUAAAGUACUCACAGGAGCUUCACACUAUCAACGAUCUACGCACCAAAUUAAUGCUUCAUAACUCUCAACUCACCCUCACUUUGCAAGGUGCUCAAAAUUCAUCUUUGGAACGUAUAGAGAAACAAAAUACGCAGACCGACAAAAAGCUAGACGAGCUACGGCGGCUUCUCCUGUCUGAUCACGCCUCGCGGGAUCGACCAAUGCUUACAGUGCCACUGGACACAAAUGCUCUCAUGGAAUUGACGGAUGCGUUUCUACAAAAAGCAGAGUUUGACAAUCGGCCUUGGGCAUCGAUUGGUAUUGAUAGCUGGCUUCAAAUAGGGCAAUGGUGGCUCAUGAAGAGUCACAACUGGGGGCCGCUCCACAGUCUCAUGAAGAUCAUGCUACGUACAACCAAGGGUACACAAAUCUCUUAA